AUGUUCCGAUUAGUUCCUUCACUAAAUAUUGCAGGCGAUGUCCAUUCCCGAGUCUGUGAACCUUGUCGGGCGGCUGGGGUCGCGUGCGAUCGUUCAACCAUUCGGUUUCGCGAAGGUCUAACGUUACCAAAAGAACCCGAAGUUGCAUUCCCCGGUCACGAGAGCUGGCCUCAGCUUCAUGGAAAAGUUCGGUUCCAUGAUGAAACGCCAGAAAUCGCUAGCCUGUACUUGGAUAGCCUAGAAGCAAGGUUCCCUCGCUGUGUUCAUGACACGAUCGAUAGGCUAGAGGGGGAAGAAAGGGAAACACUCACGUCCAAUGAGCUGCACACUCAGCCUCAUGCACAUGUUGAUGUCUGCCCACCGUUCUUCGAUUCUACCACAGAAGACUUGUCCCCGUCCAGUUUAUCCUUGUACUCUUCUCCAUCAUUUCAAGCCAAUUCUGCACCCAAGAAUAUCAAUCCCUUGACAGAACGAGAAACAAUACUCUUGCGGAACUUUGUUGAGAACAUGGCGCUUUGGGCUGAUAUCACUGAUCCGCAUCGACACUUCGAGUCAGAAAUUCCUGCGAGGGCUCUCCGGGAACCAGUCUUACGCUGUGCCAUGUUUGCAUUUUCAUCACGGCAUCUUAAUCGACAAAAUACAAGCGACAUUGAAGAAGCGCUGCAAUAUCACAGCGAGUGUGUGAGUCUCUUAAUUCCAGCCCUUUCCGAACCAGAACAGCACAUUACGGAGGAUCUGCUGGCCGCAGUUGCGAUUUUGCGACAGCAUGAAGAAAUGGAUGGUGAGCACGGCCACGCUGACAUAUCUGAUGCUAUUGUUAAUCAUGCUUUUCUUCCAGGAGAAGAUAAUCAAUUUCAUCUGAUUGGGACAACCCACAUCCUUAACACCGUCUCCACCUUUGGCUCUUCUGGCGGGCUUGGUGAAGCAGCAGCCUGGCUCUGCUUGCGGCAGGACAUCUAUGUCUCUUUAAUCUCCCAGAAACCUCUUCGAACCAGCCUACAAAACUUUCAUGACUCCAGUAUCUUUAAAAGAGAUGAUGAUUUUGCAUGGUCCAAUCGAAUGGUAUUCCUCCUAGCCAAAGCCCUACAGAGUGCAUUCUCGAGGCAUUCAGAGGUCGAAUUGGCCAUGAUUGAUGGUGAAGUCGAGGCGUGGUAUGCCUCCAAACCGCAUACCUUUCAACCCGUGCGAGUGGCCCCUCGUGGACCAGGAUUAGAUCAGAGAUUCCCUCUUAUCUGGAUGCUACUACCCGUUCAUGUGGUCGGCCUACAGUACUACCAUAUUGCAAAAAUUGUUCUUGCGCUCUCUGAAUCAUCGAAGCCUUCGUCUGCAUAUGAUAAGCUACGGCAGUCUCGUGCAAUUGAAAAAAAUAUUCGUCAACACCUACUUCAGAUUCUGGGCCUUGCACAAUCAAAUACAAAGGCAGAGAACACGCUAUUUACUGCACGACAUAGUCUGGGGGGUUGGGUGCUACGCAAUCGCAGCGAUCAAGCCGCUGCAGAAUCUUUGCUACGUGAUAUGCAUGCACGGACUGGCUGGAAUAUGGAAGGACUAGUUAAUUCAUUACGGCAACAAUGGGAUGACGAGUAA